GUGUCAUUCGUUGGCAGUUUCUGAGAGGUUGACCUGAAUCCCUGGACGAAAACGCGAGUCGAGUGAAAACAAUUGAGCUUUAAGUGUAGCCUAUACUGUAAACACUACAUUGUCUUUUCAUUUAGACAGCGCAGCAGCAUAUGAAUUGGAUUCUAAACCCAGGUUGUUGAUCAAAAGUACAGCCAGUAUUUCUGGCGUCACUUUUGCUGGCUAUUCCAGCGCCAGGCAAAGCGCAUCAAAUUUGUCGGUAGGUUAGCUAGCCUCUGGCCUGUUUGCCAUUGGCUAGCUUCUAGGUAACAUUAGCCCAUUAGCUGGCUUCGUCGUUCACCGAGCUUGUUAGCUGUCAGCUGAUGAAUGGGGAUAGCAUUUUAGCCUUACUGGUGAAAUUGACGUGACCAGCCCAGGCCCUGUCUCAAUACUUUUGGAAACAGCAUCUGAAAGACUCUGCUGGGUGAGCCUGGAGUGUUUGUUUUGGUUCCGGGAAGCGGUUGCCGUAGUGACCAUCCGGGCCUGUGGUGGGGGGAGGACUCAGAGGAAUGAGUCAUGACUUCAGUGGUGGUCGUCGAUGGAGGAGGGGCCGUCUUGGAAUACGUGUCUGAUGCAGAGGUGGUCUCCCAGGAGGUGGAGGCAGAUGGUGAGCUGUGCGAGGUGAGGAGUGCUGAGGAGGAGGAGGAGCAGCACCCGGCCGUGGUGGUGGAGCAGGUGCCUUGUGCGGAGAUGGAGCAGUGCUACGCGGCGCAGGUGGUGGUCUACGACGACGAGACCUACCUGAUGCAGGGCGUGGCUGAAGAGCAGGAGAUAGAGACCGAAGUCCUGGAGGUGGCCACAGUUGAAGCCUCAUCCCAUGGAGGUGUGGACUAUGUGGUGUUGGACAAGACCAUUGAAGCGGCCGAGGCCUUGCUGCACAUGGAUUCUCCAUCCAGCCUGAGGGAGGACCGUAGUCCUGUUCCAGACAUGCUGGGAGAGAUGGAGGUGGAGGUGGAGGUCAGCACGGAGGAGACAGAGCCCAUCGACCCCAUGGACGAGCAGCUCACUCUGGAGGAGGACGUCCACAAAGUCAAGAAAGGCGGUAGAAAACGCAAAGCCACGCCGCAGGUAGAGAGGGAGGAGUCUCCAGACCUCACCUUCAAGAAGAAACCCAGAGUGGGGAAAAAUAGCACCUAUCUGUGGGAGUUUCUGCUGGAUCUUCUACAGGAUAGGAACACCUGCCCCAAAUACAUCAAGUGGACGCAGCGAGACAAGGGCAUCUUCAAGCUGGUGGACUCCAAAGCUGUGUCCAGACUCUGGGGCAAAUACAAGAACAAGCCUGACAUGAACUACGAGACCAUGGGCCGAGCCCUCAGAUAUUACUACCAGCGUGGCAUCCUCUCCAAAGUGGAGGGUCAGCGCUUGGUCUACCAGUUCAACGACAUGCCCAAGAACAUCGUCUUCAUCGACGACGACAAGAGCGAGGCCCCGUCCAGCACCCCGCCCACGCCCUGCGAGCGUGUUACCCCCGUGACCCCCACCUCACCAAGGGGGCGUCCGCUGGCAGCCCAGGUCAAAGUUCAGGCGCCCGCAGCCACCCCGGUGUCCGCCAACAAGCCCCACACCCAGAUGCUGCGCAUCGUCAACGUGUCCGGGGGCUCGGAGGCCUUCGUCACCCUGCAGCCGCAAGGAGCCAGCCCUGUCACCGGCGUCACCUCGCCGAGAACGCUGCAGAUGCCCCUGGUGAUGACGACGACAGGGCAGCUUGGCCAGAAGUUCUCCACGGUGACGGCCGUCAACGCGCCCACCUCGCCACUCUUCACCAUGGCUGCCAAUGCUGCCCAGGCCCAGGUGGUAUCGUCCGGCUCGGGCCCCGGCGGCCAGAAGGUCCUGAUCCAGUCCCUGCCCACCAUGGUGCCAGCCACCGGCGAAAACGGCCAGAAGUUCACGGUGCAGCUGGCCAAGCUCAUCACCAUCCCGGCGUCCCAGCUGGCGCAGGGCACGGUGCUGGCGCAGCAGCCCAAAGUUACGAUGGCCGGAGGGCAGGCGGGGGGCAUCAGCCUGAUGGGCACGCCGCUCACGUUGCGCACCAUCGCCCCCAUGUCUGUGCCCACCGGCGCCGGCGUGACCUCGCCCGUGGGCACGACGCAAGUGCUGAGGUUGGUCGCUCAGCCUCAACCCUCGGCCGUCGUCACCACCGUCUCGGCGGUGCCCACCCCCACCACCCCAGUGCCAGCCUCGCCCUCCGCAGCGCCCGUGUCCAUCCCCGUUUCGGUCCCUGUGUCUGUCCCCGCCACUGCCACCGUGGUUGUGACGGCGGCAGAGGACGCCACCAACGUUGUCGCAGUGCCAGCCACGUCGGAGACGGACGUCAACAUCAUCAAAGUGGAGACUGAGGAGGAGUCCUCUGAACAGGCCACGCCUACCGCCACAGACACAGCCACUCCCUCUGACAGCUGAAACAAGAGUCACUCACUCACUCACUCACAUACUCCGAACAACCCCCCCCCCCCCCCUUCACCCACAUACACAAAAAGUUCUCAAUGCAUCCAUAUUAACCAAACAAAUACAUUUCAGACGCACGUUAACAUUGUGAGGGGUUUUCAACUCCAACAAGCAUUGCAAAGGAGUUCUUGCUUAGGGAGUUAGUGGGAUGUGCAAGUAGUCCAUUGGCAUUCUGAAGUACAUACACAGUUAAGCAUACACACACAUAAACAAAUAAAUGCAUUUUUCAGUCAUAGUGACUCUAAAAGUGUUUAGACUUUUUUUUUUCCAAGGGAUAGUCGAGGUAGGAAGUAACCAAAAUAUUGUCUUGGACACUUUCUAAAAGGCAUAGGAGUUAAUGGUGGCGGCUAGUUUGGGUGUUUCUGUUCCCAGAAACGACACACACAGACACUAACAAUGCCAACACUACAAUCACACACUUUCUCACACAGACCAGUCAACAUUGGCAGUGAAAUGGAAAAGAAACCUGUUUGUGUCUAGUGAACUCUGAUCGGGACACUGGGCAGAACUGCCAAGUUUUGGAGGAGUGGUCUUGAAUCUCUUUCCUUCUUAAAGAAAACGUACUUAUAGGAUCCGUAGACUCCAAAACCUACGGCUGUCACUGUGCGAACGCGACAAACCAAUCAUCUGGUGCUACAACCCCAUAGCUGGGUUGGCGAGGAGUUGGAUGGUGGGUUUGGGGUGGUAAGGGUCACCCCUAUGUGAACCCCUCCAUCGCUUCCUAAGGACUGUAGGCAUAAAAGGGACUUUGUACAUAAUGUCAAUAAUACACCAUAUGAGAUUUCUUAAUGAAAAAAAAAACUGGCAGCCUUAGAUGAAAAUGAAAGACAUGACAAAAAAAAUUCAGAUGCACAUUUUUUUUCUGUUUGUAUGUAUUGUACAAACUGAGUGACAUUUCUUUCUUUUUAUUUUCAAACUCUGUUUUUUGAUAUUUUGUACCAGAAGCAGUGUUACUGUUGGUCUGAAGCAAACUUAUCACGGCCUAAUUUGGCCACUUGUUCAACCAGAUACUCUUUUGUUUUAACCUUCUUUUUUGGUUACACUUUCUUGUAAUAUUCAGUUGGUUUUUGACUGGAUGCAUCAGUUGCCUGUAGCAUUUCUGCAUUUCUUUUUUUCUCUUUUUUGUAAGUACACAGCUCUGAUGUUCUCCUUUUGUUUCUGGCUGUAUAAACAAGAUUUAAAAAGGGAGACGGGGCAUAUGAGAGAACAUAAUUGCAUUCUGACUUAACUAGAUUGUAUUUUCAACAUUUGAAGCAUAUUCUAUUUUGUUGUACUCUUAUCCAAGUGUAUCCAAGUAGAUUUUACUGAUCUAUACAGUAAAGAGAACACCGAAAAAUA